UCUAUUUUCUUCAUCAAAAACUUAGACGAAAAGCAUAAACACAAAAUUCAAGAAAUGAAGCUUUCUUUAGUUUUACUUCUGUCUCUUUUUGUUCUCUGUGCUAGCUUAGCUUUAGCCACGACAGACCCGGAGCUAAAGCAAUGCAAGCACCAGUGCAAAGUGCAGAGGCAGUAUGGUGCUGAGGAGAAGAGAGAAUGUGCAGAGAGAUGCGAGGAUUAUUACAGAGAGAAAAAAAGAGGCGAGCAAGAGAGAGGAGAAAGAGGAGAAGAAGAGAAGAGAGGCAGUAGUCGCAGCUGGGACGAAGAGGAUAAAUGGACUGACCCUCAAAAGAGGCUGAGAGAGUGUCAACAGCAAUGCGAGAGAUCACAGGAGGGACAACAGAAAUCUCUGUGUCGUCAUAGGUGCCAACAGACGUACGAAAGAGAGCGUGGAAGAGAAGAAGAGCAGCCGGGAAGACGAGAGAGAGGAUCGGAAGAUGAGGAUGAGGAUAACGCUGAACAAGAUGAGAACCCUUAUGUGUUUGAGGAAAAGCAUUUUACUAAAACAGUUGACAGUCGACAUGGAAAGAUUCAUGUUCUUCAAAGGUUUGACAAGAGAUCAAAGCUUCUACGUGGAAUUGAGAAUUAUCGUGUUGGAAUUAUUGAAGCUAAUCCUCAAACAUUUGUAUCUCCUAGCCAUUGGGAUGCUGAUGGCGUUCUCUUCGUGGCCAACGGACAAGGAACUAUAACUCUGAUUGAAGAGAAUGAAAGAAAGAGCCAUAACGUUGAGCGGGGAGAUGUCAUUAGGGUUCGUGCGGGAACUUCUGUCUAUUUCAUUAACAGACAUGACAAUGAGAAGCUUAUCAUUGUCAAAUUCAUCCAACCUGUCAAUCUUCCUGGAAAGUACGAGGCGUUCACUCCAGCAGGUAGUACGCAAUCGGAGUCUUUCUACAAGGCAUUCAGCUGGGAGUUGCUCGAGGCUGCUCUGAAAACUGAUAGGAGGAAGAUUGAACAAGCUUUUAGCCAAAAGCAAGAAGCGAUAGUGAAAGCAUCCAAAGAACAAAUUCAAGCUAUGACGCACCGUGAGCAACAAGAAGGUGGUGCUAUUUGGCCAUUUAAAGCCGAAUCAUCAAGCGGACCAUUCAAUCUUCUACGUAAACGCCCUGUUAAAUCCAACAAUUACGGUCAGCUGUUCGAAGCCAAACCAAAUGAGCACAAGGACCAGCUCAAAGACCUAGACCUUGGAAUCUCCUUAGCCAACAUCACCCGUGGCUCAAUGAGCGGACCUUAUUACAACUCAAGGGCUACCAAGAUCGCUAUUGUACUAGACGGUGAAGGCUACUUUGAAAUGGCAUGUCCACAUGUCCGCGGCGGUGGCGGUGACAGGUCCCGCGAGCAAGAGAAGCGGGAACGCCGCGAGCAAGAGAAGAAGGAAGGUCAACGUUUUACCAAGAUAAGCUCAAGGUUGAGAAGUGGCACAGUGUUCAUUGUCCCGGCCGGUCAUCCGGUUGCUGCUGUAGCAUCAGAAAAUAGUCAUCUGACGGUGGUUUGCUUUGAGGUGAAUGCAAAAGGCAACACUAGAUUCUCCCUUGCAGGCAAAAAUAAUGUAGUGAAUCAGUGGGAGAGAGAAGCCAAAGAGUUGGCAUUUGGUGUUCAGGCAAGAGAAAUUGAUCAGGUAUUCGGAAGCCAGGACGAGGACUUUUUCUUUCCGGGGCCGAGAAAACAACAGAGGCAAGGCCGGGCUGAUGCAUGAAAGACUGAACUGAAUAGUGUUUGUACUGUGAAUAGUAAAUAAUGUAAGUGCAUGAAAAAUAAGGGAAGAGUGGUUUUUUUAUCUUGUAUAAAGAGGAUCACUGCUGAAUAAAAACGACGUACUACCGUUAUAUUAAAUAAAAUGUUACAUUUUCACUUUAUAUACAAAUUACUACCUUUUAUAUA